AUGGAACAUUCUCAAUCCCAUCUCGAGCAGGGCGUGCCUCUGGGCCCGACAAUCGUCCCUCAGCCCAACGGACUUCCUCCUGAAGAAGACGAACGGGCUGCAAGAUUGUCUAGUUGGGCAGAUAAAUAUCGAGGCGCCACUGUAGCAGACCUGGACCUGCCCCCUGCACUGUCGACAUCUCCAAGCACGUCACUUGCCUCUGCCAUGCUCUCGGCUUCGUCCCAUGACUACUCGCACUUGACCGUCCUCUCCGACAAUACUCGCUCCCUUCUGGGUUACCUGCCGAUUUCUAAGCUGAAGCAACUCUUCGAGUCAGGACACCUGCAGCCUUCUGACCCAGUUUCAAAAGCCAUGGUGAAAUUCCAGCGAGGAGGCGGAAAGAAAUAUCAAGUUGUCACAAUGGAGACCGAGUUAUGGGAACUUGAAGGAUUUUUCGAGGAUAUCGGGCCGCUGGCGACAGGUGCUAAACAAGAUUUUGCUGUGGUGACGGAUGGGGGUAGAAAGUUCGUGCUGGGAGUCGUCACUAGGAGUGAUCUGGAAGAGUUUGUGAAGCGGAGGCCGGCUUGA